AUGGAAGAUUGGAGAAGAAUUGAUAUUGACGCUUUGGAACCAGAAAAUCACUUAUCUAAAGAAGAUUUAAUACCGGAUUUGCCAGCCACCUCCUAUGAUCAAAUAGCAGCCUUAUCCAAACAAGUUAGAUCAUCAUUAUCACUGGGUCAAUUCUUACAAGCAUUGGUUUUGGUUUUGGACAAUCCACCAUAUGUUGCUGACGAACAAACCAAAACUUUACACGCAGAGACCGUUUUCGAAGUCUUGAUUUCCAUUAGAAAUAAUCAUAACGCUAAUGACUUAUCAAAUUUCAUAAAACAAUUAGAUAGUGAUCAACAAGAUACUUUGGUGAAAUAUUUAUAUAAAAACAUGAGUACUCCAUUUGGUGCCAAACAAGGUGGUUUGUUAUUAGGUUGGUUUGAAAAAACUGUUGAAAUUACUGGUUUGGGCCCAAUUGCCCGUUUUAUGACCGACAGAAGGACCGUUUGA